AUGGCACCAGUCACAAUUCAUAGAGUAGUGGUCGUUACGCUUUUUCUUCCUCAAACCGUAUCAUUUCAGGUUGCAAAUGACAAAUUGUCAAAACCUGUUGAUUUAAACCUUAUUGUUCCAAAACCUAACCUCAUUGAAGGUUUGGCUGCCAAACAUCUUAACCUGCCACCAACUCCUACUCCACGUGAAGAAGAUCCAAUAGACAAACUUUUUUCUCCAAAAUCUGAUCAACUAAAUCCUUUAGCUCAAAAACCUCCUAGACCUCCUUUGACUCAACCUCGUAGUCGGGCUCAACGUCAAGACUCGGGAAGUAAAAAUCAACAAGAUCAAAGGGAUUUUUCCGUCCUUAAGCCCAGAAGACGUCGGUCACUUAGUAAUAGUCGAAUAUUUGCUGAGGCUCCUUGGACUUUUGAGCCAGGUCCACAAGGAAACAUUGGUUUGCAAAAUGCUAUAAAAACGAUUGAAAAUAAUUUGGUAAAACGUAUUUGGGUUGGUACAUUGGGUAUGCCAACUGAUGCUCUCACUGUGCGAACACGUGAAGAAAUUAAGCAGAAAUUACUGCAAGAACAUGAUUCAGUUCUUGUGUUAGUUGAAGAUCAUGAAUUUGAAGGACAUUAUAAUCAAUUUUGUAAACAAGUUCUUUGGCCCACUUUUCAUUAUGUGUUACCAGAUAAUCCAAAAAGUAAAGGAUUGGAUGAACAAGAUAAUUCUUGGAAACAUUAUGUUGCUCUUAAUCAAAAAUUUGCAGAUUCAAUUGUUGAAAUUUAUGAACAUGGAGAUAUUAUUUGGGUAAAUGAUUAUCAUUUAUUAUUGGUUCCUGCAAUGGUUCGUAAAAGACUUCCUAAUGCAAUGAUCGGUUUCUUUCUUCAUAUCCCCUUUCCAAGUUCUGAAGUAUUUAAAUGUUUACCUGUACGUAAAGAAAUUUUAGAAGGUGUUCUGGAUGCUGAUCUUAUUGGGUUUCAGACAGAAUCUUUUUCACGUCAUUUUCGAAAUACAUGCUCCCACUUGUUGUCAUUAGAAACCACGCCACGAGGAAUUCAACUUGAAAAUAAUUUUGUAUCAAUUGGCCUUUUCCCUAUAGGGGUUGAUGUAGAAAGUUUAAAUGAAAAAAGAAAAAACUCUGAAGUUAUUGAAUGGUGUAAAGUUCUUAAAGAAAAAUACCAUGGUAAAAAAUUGGUUGUUGCUCGUGAUAAACUUGAUUAUGUUAAAGGUGUUCGACAAAAGAUGCUAGCUUUUGAAAGAUUUCUUACAAUACAUACCGAAUGGCAAGAAAAGGCUGUCCUGAUUCAAGUAGCAACUUCCACUACUGAACAAAAUGAAUUACAAAGCCAAGUUUCCGAUGUAGUCUCUCGAAUAAAUUCAAAAUUCAGUAAUUUAGCCUAUCAGCCAGUUGUAUAUCUUCAUAAAGAUAUCACUUAUAGCCAAUACCUUGCACUUCUUACAGCUGCUGAUGCAUGUCUCAUAACUUCAUUACGUGAUGGUAUGAAUUUAACAUCACAUGAAUAUAUUGUCUGUCAAGAAGAAAGGCAUCGUCCAUUGAUUAUCAGCGAGAAAUUGUUUAUACUUAGUUUAACACGGUCAGAUGAGAUUGACCUUUAUACAUUUGUGGAAAAGUUGGAAAUGCGACUUUGUAAUCGACCUAAUCAAUAA